CCGGGCGGCCCCGGGAGAGGGGCCUUCGCCGAGCCGCCGCGUGCCGGUUCCCUGCGGCCUCUCGCCCCGCUCCCGGCCUCCGCGGGCCGCGCCGCCGCCCCCGUGAAGGACGCGGGCGGGGGCGCUGGUGACCGAGAGCGGCGCGGCCGGUCGCCGGGUGCAGCCGGCCCGCGCUGGGCGGAGACCCCGGCUGCCGCGCGCCGCCCCCCGCCGCCGCGGGCGCCCCUCUUCCCGGCCGGCCGGCGCGUCCCGGGCGUGCGUGCCCGCUGCUGGGGGCGGCCCGGCGCCGGCGGGUGCGGGGAGGUGUGAGCCGCCCGUGUAUUUUCCGAGGGGCCCUCUGGAACAGGACGUCUUGGCGGGGGCGGCGUCUGUGGGCACGCGGGUAGGGUCUCCUUAUUCUGUAGGCGGUCGUGGCCCUGAUGGUGAUCGAGGGGUGACUUUGCAGUCUCUGCCCGUGGAACCGGUCACGACAUGCACCUGUUCGGCGGUCAUGAGUGCCCAGUGAGCACCUCUGACACAAGAAGUGUCAUCAGCACUUUAUUAAACGAUGGACACCGAGAAGCAACCAGAGAAUGAGGAGGAUGACAGUGUAAACAAAGAAGCAGAAGACUCGAGAAACAGUUCAUCCCAUGGUGCAGAUUGUGGGCCGGUAUCUGGUGUGAUACCAGAUUCCUCUGAGAAUUCCACAAGCAAAAGAGGUUUUUCGGAGUCAUCAGAUUUUGACGACAUCGUCGUGGAGGACGAGGGAAAUAGACACGCUUCCAAGAGAAUGAAAUUAGCCGAGGCAGAGCCCCUCCAUUCGGGAGAGCAGGGCAUCCCUGAGUCAGAGAGGCCCGAGGGUGCAGGCCUGGAAGCAGGUGUCCCUUUGGCGAGGACAGGGCUGGGGGCCCUGCUGAGUGACCCUGAUGGCGGCGCGUGUCUGCCCAGGGCCUUUGCCCCCCGCUGCAGCGUUAGCCCCGUGGGUGCUGCUUCUCUGGAAACAGAUGCUGAGAGGCAGCCUGUUCAGGAAAUGGUUUUCCUUGACCCGGGAAGAGAGCCUCCCUUCCCCCUGAGUGAGGUGCGUGUGAGCGGUCCCCUCGGGGGCGUGGAUGCCGUUCUCCAGUGUGACGCGUGUGGUCCCUCGUUCACCUCCUGCUCCGACCUGGAGAAGCGCGCCGAGGGUCACACGCCGCAGCCCCAGGACCACGCCUGUGGCCACUGUGGCCACAAAGCAGAGAGUGGCACGGCCUUCCCCAUGCACGUCAGGCAGGCGCCCAGGCCGCAGAGGGGCUUUUCUUGUGACCUCUGUGGCUUUCAGUGUGUGGAGGAGAACCUGUUGAAUGCACACUAUCUCGGCAAAACACAUCUCCGGCGUCAGAACCUUGCUGCUCGUGGAGGGUUUGUACAGAUCUUAACCAAACAGCCUUUUCCUAAGAAGCCGUGUCCCACGGGAACAAAGAGUGUUCGCACGAAGCCGAGAGUGUCUAAGCCCACAGCAAAGAAUGGCGAUUCCAAAGGGUGCCGGAACGUUGGAAGCAAAUUUAAAGAUUUCAGAGGAAGCACUUCUAAACAAAGUGGAAGUGGCAGUGAGCUGCUGGUUGAAAUGGUGCCGUCUAGGAAUAGUUCAUCCGAAAAAGCAGAGGUUGUUGAAGAAAAGGUAACCUCCCUUGAUACAGCUCGGAAUCCCGAAAACCACAGUAAGAAGUUAGGUGCGUUGGUCACCUCGGAGGGUCUCCUCGAUAAGUUGGAAUCUACCAGAAACACCCUCCAGGAAGCCCACGGGACCAGUGCAGCCUCAAGACCCAGACCCGAGCGGAACAUCCUCGUGUUGGGCAGCAGCUUCCGGCGACGCAGUGGGACUUUCGCCUUAAAGGGCCAGGCGAAGAAAAGGUUCACUCUUUUAGGCAUUAACAAACGAGGCACGAAUGAAACUCAGAGGCUGUAUCUGAAACACUUUAGAACACAGAUGAAAACUAGUGACGCCGAGUCAACACCUCAGCACGUAGAAACGGGCGGUGGCACUCAGGGUCUGUGCAUGCCGUCCGCAGAAACCCAGGAUCUGAGGCCGGAUGGGAGAAGCUCCUGUCUCCCCUGCUCCUUUGACUCUCUGACGGCGAGGCCAGCCUCUGACCUCCAGGUGUCAUGUACUUGUACAGACUGUGGACACACAGCCACAGAUAGGGCAGAGCUGGAAAUCCAUGUGAAAAGGUGCCACGCAGGAGAGAUGCAGUUUCACUGCCAGAUGUGUGGCUUUUCCAGUACUUCCCGCAGGGACUGGGAUGAACACCUGCACAAUAGCCAGCACCAGCAGACCGCCUCGGGCCUCAGUUGUCAGUGUUGUCCCUUUACUUCCUUGAAUGACGUGGAUCUGAGAGACCACAUGAAGGAAAAGCACAGUAUGGGUUUCCUUUGCAUGCCUUGUAAUCUGUUCUUCUCAUCUGAGAAAGACAUGGAGGAACACAAAACAACUGAGAAGCACAUUCACUUGUUGCAUCAGCCAAAGACUUCUCAAUCAUUUAACAAUGAUUUGGUUUUACAGAAUUUACCUUUAGGUACUUUAGAGUCAGAAAACACAAAAGAGUCUGUGAGUGAGUCAGGAAAAGCAGCUCAGGAAGAACCAUUUAAGUCCAGGGUAAGCCAUGGAAAUGAAGUAAGGCAUUCGAGUAAGCCUCAGUUUCAGUGUAAGAAGUGUUUUUAUAAAACAAGAUCUUCUACUGUUCUCACAAGACACAUAAAGCUCCGCCAUGGUCAAGACUAUCACUUUCUUUGUAAAGCGUGUAAUCUUUACUCAUUGAGCAAAGAAGGAAUGGAGAAACACAUUAAAAGAAGCAAACAUCUUGAAAAUGCUAGGAAAAAUAAUAUUGGCUUAAGCUUUGAAGAAUGUAUUGAAAGAGUCUGCAUAGGUGCACAUGACAAAAAAGAAGAGUUUACUAUUUCUGGGAAUGGAAGGAUAGAAGGCCAUGUAGAAGGUGUGCAAUUCCAGGAACACGCCUGUCUUGACAAGAGCAUCCUGCCACCCCAGGAACUGUCACAGUCUGGGGUACUCACCAAAGACAGUGAAUUAGCUUUGACCACUGUCCCAAAGAGAGGGAGACCUAAAGGUAACAUCUCACGGACGUGUUCGCAUUGUGGUCUUUUGGCCUCGAGUAUUACAAACCUGACAGUGCACAUCAGACGGAAACACAGUCACCAGUACAGCUAUUUAUGCAGCGUGUGUAAGUAUUACACUGUCACUAAGGGAGACAUGGAACGCCAUUGUGCCACCAAGAAACACAGAGGCCGUGUAGAGAUAGAAGCCAGUGGAAAACAGAGUUCAGAGAUCAUCUUUGGCCCCGAAGCGGGUAACCUUGAAGCCUGUAGGAAGAACACCAGUACUGCAGUUUCAGAUGAACCUGCCAACAAGUCAGCCGAAGCAGACGCCUCUGUUUCGGAAAAGCCAGCAGCAGAGCAAGGGAAUCCAGCUGAAGUCGAAGUUAAGAAUGGAUUUCAUUCUAUAGGUGGGGAAACUGAUAGUCACCUUACUGAGAAAAACGAACAGACCUCUCUAGAACCAGAGGACCUUAUCCAUCAGGGCAACGCCUGCCCCCAGAGAGAUGAUCCGGGUGCAGAUGACCACAAGUGUGCACACUGUGAGUUCAGCGCUCACUCUGCUGCUUCUCUGGAACUGCACAUAAAACGGAAACAUACAAGAGAGUUUGCGUUUUAUUGCAUGGCGUGUGAUUACUAUGCCGUGACUCGCCGGGAGAUGACCAGGCACGCAGCAACAGAAAGACACAAGCUGAAAAGGCAGUCUCACCUGAGCUCUUCUAACAUAGAAGCCAGUUCUGCAGAAAUGUCCAAAACCAUCGUUCUACCUGAAGGCCAGCAUCAACAACAUUCUGAAGAAUUUCAGAUAAUUUCAGACCAACCCUCUGAAACGCUCAAAUCUGGAAAUGCUGCUAAUUGUUCUGUUUUGGAUGAGAAUACUAAUUUAGAUAUGUCCAAAGUUCUCUGUGCUCCUGACUCUGUGGAAAUUGAGACUGAGGAAGAAUCUCAUUUCAGUGAAGAUCAUACCUUUUGUGAGACUUUCCAGCAGCCCCUUGCCAAGGAUAGAGUUAUGAAACUGGUGGAGAUGGUGUCCCUUAGUGUUUCCUCUAGUUUUGGCUCCCCAAGCAAAUUUCAGAAUGAGAAUUCAGGAGGCUCAGCUCUGAAUCAUGAGACAGCAAAGAGAAACCACAGUAUGUCGAAUGCUACCAGUGACCCAAACACGUGCUGCCAGAGCGAUGGUGGAGACGCAGGAGACAAGGCAGGUAGAGUCCUUGGCAAGCGUGUGUGCCCUGGAGCUCUAAACGGAGAGCACUUGGCCGAGAGCACCAUGCUGACAGCACCCGGAGAACCGCUCGACCUGGGUAGCAGUGGUCAGAGCAAGGCUGGACGUGUGCAGAGUUCAGCGGAUUUGAAAGAUGUGCCAGAAGAUCCCACUCUGGAGAGUAAGGAGAUUCUGAUGAGUUCCCAGCAUGAAACUAAAAUGAUUUUGGAAGAGGAGGGUCCAGCUUCUGAUAGCACUGUUGAAAACAGUGAUGUUUAUGAAACUAUAAUCAGUAUUGAUGAUAAAGGGCAGGCCACCUACAGUUUUGGCCGGUUUGAUUCUUCCAUCAUAAGGAUAAAGAACCCUGAAGACGGGGCGCUGUUAGACCAGUCUGAAGAGGGGCUCAUAGCAGCAGGAGUGAGAAUGAGUGAGUUGCCCUUAAAGGACUGUGCUCAAGGUGUGAAGAAGAAGAAACCCGAAGGUAGUUCCUUUGCCGAAUCCACGCGGAUUCGUUGUGAUGACUGCGGCUUCUUAGCAGACGGUUUGAGUGGACUGAAUGUUCACAUAGCCAUGAAGCAUCCUACGAAAGAGAAACACUUCCACUGUUUGCUGUGCGGAAAGUCCUUCUACACGGAGAGCAACCUCCAUCAGCAUUUGGCUAGUGCUGGUCACAUGAGGAACGAGCAGGCCAGCGUCGAGGAGCUGCCUGAGGGCGGAGCCACUUUUAAAUGUGUCAAGUGUACAGAGCCCUUUGAUUCUGAACAGAAUUUGUUCCUGCACAUUAAAGGGCAGCACGAGGAACUGCUGCGCGAGGUGAAUAAGUACAUAGUGGAGGACACUGAGCAGAUCAACCGCGAGAGAGAGGAAAAUCAGGGGAACGUAUGCAAGUACUGUGGGAAGAUGUGUCGCAGUAGCAACUCGAUGGCAUUCCUAGCGCACAUCCGCACGCACACAGGAUCAAAACCAUUCAAGUGCAAGAUAUGCCAUUUUGCAACAGCUCAGCUUGGCGAUGCCAGAAACCAUGUCAAAAGGCACCUUGGGAUGAGGGAAUACAAGUGUCAUGUCUGUGGGGUUGCUUUUGUAAUGAAGAAACACUUAAAUACUCAUCUACUGGGCAAACACGGAGUUGGCACACCAAAAGAAAGGAAGUUUACAUGCCACUUGUGUGAUAGGAGUUUCACAGAGAAGUGGGCCCUGAACAACCACAUGAAGCUGCACACAGGUGAAAAGCCGUUCAAGUGUACCUGGCCCACCUGCCAUUACUCCUUCCUCACGGCCUCUGCCAUGAAAGACCACUACAGGACGCACACAGGCGAGAAGUCGUUCCUGUGUGACCUCUGUGGCUUUGCUGGCGGGACCCGGCACGCCCUCACCAAGCACCGCAGGCAACACACAGGAGAAAAACCUUUUAAAUGCGAUGAGUGUAACUUUGCCUCCACAACCCAAUCUCAUCUGACGCGGCAUAAGCGGGUACACACUGGAGAGAAGCCGUACAGGUGCCCCUGGUGUGACUACAGGUCAAACUGUGCUGAAAAUAUCCGCAAACACAUUCUACAUACGGGCAAACACGAAGGAGUCAAGAUGUACAAUUGCCCCAAGUGUGAUUAUGGAACCAACGUCCCUGUGGAAUUCCGGAACCACUUGAAAGAACAGCAUCCUGACAUCGAGAACCCUGACCUGGCCUACUUGCACGCGGGCAUUGUGUCCAAGUCCUACGAAUGCCGUCUGAAGGGCCAGGGGGCCACGUUCGUGGAGACGGACAGCCCCUUCUCGGCGGCCGCCCUGGCGGAGGCGUCUCCGGUCGCGGACAGGCCCCUGCGGAGCAGCAGGAGGCCGGCAGCGCCGCCCGCGCCGGUCCAGCAGGUCAUCAUCAUCCAGGCCUGCGGCGGGGAGCUCGCCCUGGACGCCUCGCUGGAGGAGACGGCGGCAGCCACGCUGCAGACGCUGGCGCUGGCCGGCCAGGGGGCCAGGCUGGUGCACAUCACGCAGGACGGGCGGGUCAUCGCCGCGGGUCAGGGCGGGGCGCACGUGGGCGGCGGGGCGCACGUGGGCGGCGGGGCGCCCGGGCCGGUCCUGCCGGAGCAGCUGGCGGACGGGGCCACCCAGGUGGUGGUCGUGGGGGGCUCGAUGGAAGGCCACGGCGUGGAUGAGCCCCUCAGCCCCGGCGGGGCGCUGAUUCAGCAGGUGACCAAGCAGGAGAUUCUAGACCUGGCGGAGGCCGGCGUCCCCCCGCCCGACGCGGCCUCGGCCUUGGACGCCCUGCUGUGCGCGGUCACCGAGCUGGGAGGGGCGGAGGGCCGGGCCGCGGCCGAGGAGAAGGGCAGGGCCGGCCCCGGAGACGUGCUGGUGCAGCUGCCCGGGCAGGAGGCGGCCCCGCCCGCGGCCCCCGAGGUCCACAUGUUCCACGACGUGCAGGACGCCGCCGCCGCCGCGGAGCCCGUGGAGGUGCUGGCCCAGGUGGUGCGGCCCGCGGCGGUGAUCGCGUCGCAGGAGCACGCCCAGGUGGCCUUCAGGAAGGUGGUGCAGGGCGUGCUGCAGUUCGCCGUGUGCGAGUCGGCGGCGGCCGGCCAGCUGCUGAAGGACGGCGUCACGCAGGUCAUCGUGAACGAGGAGGGCGCCGUGCACAUGCUGGCCCGCGGCGGCUCGCAGAUCAUCAUGCAGGAGGCCCAGGCCCCCGGCCAGCACGCGGACCCGGCCGAGUCGGACGGCGAGAUCUCGCAGAUCAUCGUGACCGAGGAGCUGGUCCGGGCCAUGGUGCAGGAGUCCGGCGGCGGCUUUCCCGAGGGGGCGACGCAUUACAUUGUGACAGAACUGCCCCCGGGGGUGCCGGACGAGCCGGGCGUGUACUCGCACACGGUGAUCGAGGCGGCCGGCUCUCAGGAGAUGCUGCAGGCCGGGGCGGCGCUCAGCGCCGAGGCCGUGGUCCCCGGCGGGCCGGAACAGCUGACCAGCAUGGUCAUCUACACCCAGGAGGGCUCCCCGGCCGCCGCGGUCUUCCAGAGCCAGAGAGAGAGCGGCGAAGCCCCCGAAGCCUGAGGCUGGAGCCCUGCGGCCGCGCAGACGGGCGAGGCCCGGGCGGCGUGCGCGGCGCCUCCGCGACAGGGGCGGCGGGGCGGGGCCCGCUCGGGCCGGGGCGGCCCUCCGGGGGCAGGUGGGUUUCGGGCGUGGUUCUUCUCUUGGGGCUCUUCCCGCUCUUCUUCCCGUCCUGCUGAGGAGAAGCCAGGGUUUCUCUGUUUUGCUCCCCGCAGAUGCUCCCCAUGUGGGUUGUGAAAGGAUGGUGCCCUGCUGGAGCCUGACGACGGCGUGUCUUGGGGCUUGAGACACGCUGCCCUUGCAGCCCAGCACGUCGCUGUUUCAACAUUUUCUCACGUGUUUGGUUAAAAGUCGCAGCUGCACGUGUUGGCGUGUGGAUGCAGGCUGCUCCUCCUCCUUUUUCUGGAAAUUUUAGGCUCACAGUGUCCCCAGACCGGAGGCAGCCUGUUCAUGUCACGUCUCGAUUUCCUCCCUUCAGACGCUGCAGGUGUGGUCACCGCUCUGGUUGCUUCUGCCUCAAGAUUCCUUCUUAAGCCUACGGUUAAGAAAAGCCUUGGCGUCUAUGUUCAGUUAAAGUAAACCUUGGUUAAGAAAACCCAGUGCUUCUAAUCUUGACUUAGUUUCAUACAAUAAAGUCUAUAUGAAAUGUGCACUCUGGAGAAUAUUGUUUGUAUCAAUAUUUUGCUUUAUAGCAAAUGUUUCUUCAUGUUGAUAUGAUUUUCGCAGGACUUCUCUGUGGUUUAUGUCCGCGUGAAGGAGCUGACGUGAAACGUCAGUGGUGGAGAGCUGUGCCCCGCAGCCCUGGCCCGACAGGACCGUCUGUGCUUCGGUGUGGGGUCCCUGCAACCGCGGAUGCGAGUUCAUGGCCGGGCCGCUCGUUUCCCGCUGUGGUUGCUCCUCUUACGUUUACAAAAUUGUAAGAUCAUCCCCGCCCCCAAAUGCAAAGGUUGUUUUGUUCUGUUUCUUUUUUCCUUGGAAAUAAAAUUAUA